CCGGCGGCGGCCGCCCCGGCGGUCGCGGCCAGCGGCCUCGCGUCGCCGGGGCUCCCGAUGCGGGGCGCCGCCCCGGGCAGCCGCGCGAUGCCUGUGCUCGGCUUCGGCACGUGCUGCAGGGCCGGCGCCAAGGGCAGGCCGCUCGUGUCGUCGGCGGUGGCCUACCUCGAGAGAGGCGGGCGCCUGCUGGACACUGCGUUCAUGUACGGCAACCACCGGGACGUGGCCACCGCCGUCAGGGAAUCGGGGCUGGCCCCCGGCGAGGUAUGGAUCACCGACAAGAUCCAGCCGAGCCAGAUGGGCUACGAGAAGACCCAGAGAGCGGUGGACCUCAGCCUGAAGGAGCUCCAGGUCCUGGCCGUAGACCUGAUGCUCAUCCACGUCCCGGACGGCGGCAGGGAGGCGCGGGUCGGGAGCUGGGCGGCGUUGGUGGAGGCCCAGAGGGCUGGCAAGGUGCGGCACAUCGGGGUCUCGAACUUCGACCGGGUGCAGAUCCAGGAGCUGGUCAACGCCACGGGCGUCUGGCCCGCCAACAACCAGAUCGAGUUCAGCCCCUUCUCGCCGCCGCCAGUCAGGGAGCUGGUGGCGUGGAUGCGGGGGCAGGGCAUCACGGUCACGGCCUACGGCUCGCUCGGGCAUGCGGGGGCCAACCUCAGCCAGGCGGCCGCGCGGGCAGGGGCCGAGGCUCUGCAGAGGAGGUACGGCAAGACCGCGGCACAGGUGUUCCUGCGCUGGGGUGUGGACCGGGGCGUCGCCGUGGUCCCCGGUGCCACCUCCGAAGAGCACAUCGCUGAGAACCUGGACAUCCUAGACUUCUCCCUCACCGAGCAGGAGCUCAGCAGCCUCGAAAGCAAUUCGAAGCCCGAGAAGUGGAGGUGGUUCCACGGCACGCCAGGGAAAUGAAGGCGGAAUGGCGAGCAUGACACGGGUAAGGAUACAGUCCUUGCUGUCCAGCAGCGGUAUAAUCGAUGUUUACUUGCGCAGAAUUGCGGACUUGCACGCCGUGGAGCCCGCAAUCACCGACAAGGCCGCGGAUACGGACACGAGUUCGGCAACACAUGCGAACCCGAAUGCACAAACUUUCGGAGCAUGCAGGUGCAAGGCAACACCGCUUGCCCGAGUGAUGGAUCUUCUGUUCUGUGAGAAUUCGGAGGUAGAUACCAUCACGGCGAACGAGAUGAUCGACAGAGUGGUCCUCUCUUGCUACGCCUGCGCCUCUCGAAUAGUGGCCGAGCGGCGGCUGGCUCCUUUCGCCACGCGGGCUAGAGGAAUAGUCGUACCAGCGGUGAAUUCCGUUCAUCCGCGUUGCUCUUGUUCGUAA